AUGCCAGACAGCCAAGCUGCCAUUGUCAAUGCCGAAACGAGUAUGGCGAAGGCAACCAGGAAACUCCCUCCCAUUGGACAAGCCAGGAUAUUAUUCGAUCACUUCGUGAAGGCAUUACAGCCAUCAUUAGGACUCCUCCAUAUACCCUCCACACGAAGCCUAAUCGAGCAGACAUACCAAGACAUGCUGGAUAAUAAACAGCCAACUGCAACAACUCUGAUGUUGCUUUUUAGUAUAUUUUCUGGUGCAGCGCUCGUUUGGUCGAGCUCCCUGCUCGAGGAAUUGAGUGUCACGCAGGCCGAGGCUAGAUCAGCUUUCCACGCUUACUCGCAAGAGGCUUUGUUCAUUUUGGAACAUCCCACCCAGCCUUUGAAGCCUUCGACCAAUGCGCUCGUUGCCACAUGUAUCCUUACUCAUUCGUUGGCAAACGACGCCGGUCUCUCUGUCAAAAUGCGCAUUUUGCAGGUCCGAUGCUUUUCAAUGGCACAAGAGUUACGUAUUCAUCGAGUGGAUACAGCUCGUAGCCAAGAAGAGCGCAGGCUGAAGGGGUCUGACAUGAUCGAGAUUGAAGUGCAGAGACGAGUCUGGUGGAAUAUGGUAGCAUCUGACUGGUUGUCUUCAUUUUCAGGAGGCUCCCAUGAAGGCGUUUAUAUCUUCCAGCCAAAGCACAUGAACGUGAACUACCCGAGCAAUGUUGAUGAUGAAUUGAUGGUGGUAGAGGGAGUCCAGCAAGACUUUCCCUUGUCAGUUCCCACUGCCAUGUCAGGGUGCAUCCAACGAAUCAGAACGGCGGUUUUGUGUCGUGAGGUGGUUGAUGCCAUGCCUUCCAUAUUACUGGAUUGCCAGAAACCAGAAUAUGAAGUCAUCCUUGCGCUGGACAAGAAGUUCCAUGAUACUAUUGAGGACAUUCCGGAGUUUUUCAAAAUGGACGCAGAAAGCCUGAGAAAAAACCAGGGACUAUGUAGGGAACGACCCUAUAUCGCCUGGCAACGAAUCAGUCUGCAUUUCAGCUUUCAUAGUCGACUAUGCAGACUCCACCGGCCCUACCACCUUGAGGGCAUUACCAACUCAACAUAUGCCUAUUCAAACAAAGUCUGCGUCCACUCCGCGAAAACUGUUCUCGAAUUGCGACGAGCCAUGGACGAGAUUAGCCCCGAGGCAGGAGGCUAUCCCGCGCGGCUCUGGAGAGUGGUGCAGCACUUGUUUUCUGCGGCGCUUAUUUUAGCCACGAAUGUGUCGUUCAAUCCCGAGGCACCAGAGGCCGAAACCCUCAAGGCCAACGUUCUCGCCGCUCACCAGACACUGGAGAAAUCGGAACAUGAGUCUGGAACGCUCUUUGAGGGGAUCCAAAGAAAUAUGCAAACGUUGCUGUCUACCCUGAGACAACGGCCUGGGAUUGCCCUGCAGGGAUCCGAGGGGAGCACCAUGGCGCCUCGCGAAACAGAACCGCACGGCAUAAAUAUGGGGCUGGGUGCAGUGCCCGGAGCCAAUGAUUUCGACCACCGCCUCAAUGUGCAGGACCCCGGUGCGGGUGGAGACCAGACGGUUGAGGCAGAAGAGAAUUGGCAGCAGAUCUGGCUGGAUUUUGUGGCUGUUGCGCCCGACUUGGAUGUUCCGCAGUGGAACUCCUUACUGGAUGAUGUUACCGGUUGGACCGAUUUGUAG